AUGCCCUUCGCUUUCAAGACCGAGAAGACAAAGAUUGAAUCAAGUCGUUAUCACAACGACAAGGCCGACAGAGUAGAGAGUCGCGACAGUUACCACCCUUGCACCACGAUCAGUGCGUAUCGGUCAAAACAAUGGCACGCGGAAUACCAUGGCCUCAUUUUGCAGAAUCCCGGACCCUUUAUGAUCUUACCAGUGACUGGGUCAGCCCAGGCAGAGGCAAUGUGUUUUUUCGAGUAUAUUUCGAUCAAGCAUCUGAAUGAGUACCACCCCUGGGAUUCAUGGCGGGAGACUCUCAUGUUCUUCUCCCAAACAGUGUCAUCAGUGCGGCAUGCCGCCAUUGCUCUGGCCUUGAUGCACCGAAACUACCUGAAUCGCGAUUCUAGUGAUCGUGUGCUUCAACCUCAUUCCUUGAAAGACCGCCAACCGUGUAAUGCUCCCUUACUUCACUAUAAUCGGGCCAUUCAACUUCUUCUGACGCAGGAAAGUGGUGACAGCACCGAAAUAACUGCUAUCACCCUUUUGGUCUGCUAUCUCUUCAUCUGCUUUGAUCAUCUGGCGGGCAACGAUGUACAAGCAGUGAAACACCUGCGCGGAGGUGUGGAGCUCUCACGCAACAUUGACAAGGCUAUACUGAACAACAGCAGUACUUAUGAGGAUGCCAAACCUUUAGGGGUUCGCACGCUUAUCUGCCAGGUCACAAAACAAAUCCGCCGUCUCGACAUGCAGUCCGUAACGUUUCUGGUCGAUUGGAAUCCAGCUGACAUCCAAGAGGGAUUUAUGUCCCAGCUUCCACCCUUCGACAGCCCCUUUCGAUCUCUUGACCAAGCCGCCGACCACCUUCAGAUCCUUGUCGCUCGGGUAAUGAGACUGUGCAACACGGAGCAGCAACUAUCCCCGAUGGGUGAGAUGCUGCCGUUACCUUGUUCACUUAAGGAUAUUGUUCUUGGGCAGUUGGAGACGUGGUCGACUCUCUUCGAAAACAUACUGCAACAAGGCAACUCCUACGAGGCAGAUUCUGAAACUUACCCGCUCGUGUCACUGCUGCGUUUACAAUAUACUAUCGCAUGGAUUCUCCUCAAUAGUUGCGGACCUGGCAGGGAAAUGGACUAUGAUGACUUCCUGCCCGAGUUCCAGCAAUGCGUGGCCCUAGCAGGCGACGUAGCGGCGGCACAUGAGCGGUAUUCGGGGUCUUUAAAGCCGACUUUUACGCCGGAGGUCGGAAUUAUCCCCGUGCUUUACAUAAUAGGGGUUAAAUGCCGACAUCCAAUUGUCCGACGCGAGGUCCUAAGUAUCUUGCGACGACAACAGAUACGGGAGGCGGUUUGGGAUAGCAUCUCUGCUGCCAGGGUGGUUGAGCGGGUAAUCGAGAUUGAAGAGGGCGGGUCUGGAGAAGGACAUAUGCCACAAACUAUGGAACAAAUUGCCGUGUGGCAGAGGAUCAAGGCUUUAUCUUGGAUACAUGUCAUCAGUGGACAGUCUGCGGCCAGGUUGGAUAUUACGUAUACGUUCUGCGCGCGUGAGGGAAUUCAUACCGAGUCUCUCAUCAUGUAA